GGGUGGAAGGAAAGAAAGAGGAUGAAGAUGUUGAGGAGAAGAUAGAGAGGACUAGGAGGAGGGAGGAGGAGCAGAAAAGGGAAAAGGAGAGAGAAAGCUGGGAACGAGAACAAAGUAGGGAUGGGAGAAAACCAGAGGUGGGGAAGGAGAGGGACGAAAGGUCAGUGUCCAGGAGUGACACUGAAGGAAGAUGGCGGAGCGGAAGAAGUCAUGGCAAAAGAUCUUCAUCUGACAAAAGAGGGAGGAGGGAGAGGCACUCCAGGGAACGGGAAAGUCGUCGUAGGCACCGUUCCUCCUCUCACAGCAGCAUCAGCAGUAGUAAUAGUAGUAAGAGAGGGGAGAGGAGGCAGAGGUUGAGCAGAAGAGACAUGGCUCAGCCGAGCAAGUGGUCGCGUCAUAGAGACAGUGCUGACUCAGCCGACACAUCUUCUAACGAAGAGAAUGUGCAGGAGCGGAAGGAGGAAAGAGAGGAAAGGAAACAGGAGGAAGAUGUUUUUGGCGUUGAGAAACUUUAUACUGUUGCCUAACCGCCUGAUUAUUGCCAAUAACGUGUAUAAUAUCUUUGGUAUGCAAUGAUGUCAGUUUUGUGUGUGCGUGCGUAAGCGUUUAGCGCGUUUAGCCUAGCCCUGAGCUAGCUGUAGAGAGGCGUUUAGUGGGUGCUGUCGCAAUCACUGUACGUUGGAUCGUGUUUGUUGUGUAUUCUUACCGAGCUGUGUGAGGUUGCUGCGAGUGUCAUCCUGUGCUGGAGGCCAGAGUGGUACAUAGGUAAUCACUGAAAACCCCCCAAGGACCUAACUAUCAUGGCUUCUCUCACUGAGUUACACCCCACUACUACUACUACAGCGGAAGGUAUACUACUUCCCCUAGUUUCCCCAGCCUCACCUGAUAACAGUGCUACUGUCCUGAAUGAUCGAGAUCUAGACUCUACAGGAUUGGUACUGGAUAAGACAUUGGUAUCUAAUAGUCACAGAAGUGGUGAUAUAGCCGACACUGGUGUUGGAAUACACGGGGAUUUUGAGGUGUUUCACAAUUACACCCUUGGCCACUCACGAGAUUCCAGGGAGGAGACCCCUGUCAUUGGCAUUGCUAAUGGAAGGGGUGAGAGCAGCCAAGAGGAUGGGGAAGACAGUGGGUCAGAGAGUUGGUUGAUAGGAGGAAAAGCUCAUGAAGAAGUCAGUGAGAAUGGAGAACUACCUCAGACAUGCUCCAGUGCUUCAGGUGAUGGCAGCAGUGUGUGGUCAGAAGAGGGGUCUAACGAGCAGGAGCCUUCCCAUUACAGUCUGCUAGAGAGCAGUGCUGAGAGUGAACUUUCAUCUCCAGGUGGUACUCCUGUUCCCCAAUCAGUUUCUAGCCAGCAUCCUAUGAAUAACACUGCUGAUGACCAUCAAGGGUCUACUACGGAAUCUAGUACUAUGGAACUUAAGAAUUUAACAACAUGUGAUGACCAAACAAACAUUAAUAACCCUGAACCCCUCCCUGUUGUCGCACUGGCACAUCUUACAACAGAAAAUGAAGAGCUUAGUGACACUGUCGUGGCGGAUAGAAUGGAGACUGAGCAUGGAUCGGCAUGUGUGGUGAAUCUUGUGGGGCACAGUGAAACUGGUGAUGGUAGGAGGGGUGUGGAAGGUGGGGAGGAGGAUAGGAGUAAGGAGGAGGUAAAUGGUGAAGCCGCGGAGGAGGGGGAUGAUGGAGAAGAUGUGGAGGUGGAAAGAGAGGAAGUGGAGAUGCUGGAGGAGGGGACUGUGGUUGGUGAUGGUGGUGGGUUGGGGGUGGUUGUGGGCUGCGAGAAUGUGAUCUGUGAUGAGGAUAGGGCGGAAAGUGGAGGUGAAGAGGGAGAUGGGGUGAGAAAUAUAGAGGGCGAAGUCAAUGACGGUGAAGACGGAGGUGUGGAGAGUAAGAGUCUUCAAUGGACAGCGCCUGAAGUUCCACACACUGGACCAGAGCCUGCUCCAGUGGUCACCUCUCCGCCUCCCCCCAUCACCACUGUCGUCAGCUCUGCCACUGUUGACACCCCAGAUCACCGACUGAGAUCCUCCAUGAUGGAGUCAGAGGACUCUGAUGACCCACUUCUGGAGUCAAACCUCGACAGUUCCAACCUUGACUCCGGGGUACGACGACCCCGGGACUCCCAGACCAAUCUCCCCAUACUCCAACCCCUCUCCCCCGACCCCGACCUAAGCGAACAGUACGAAUACCUGCGUAGGACCUUGUCCCACAGUCGGAGGAGGUACUCCACUCGGAGGAGACGACCGCAGCGAAAACAGAAUAGAGAGGGGGUUCAGAGGUCAGAGAGUAGUGUAGGGGUCAGGAGAGAGCAAACGGAAAUGAGGGACAUGCUGCAGAACCAGGAAAGCAGGAGAGUAGAAACUCAUGUGGAUGUUCAUGGGAGGACAUACUUCAUGGACCAUGACACCCACACUGUGGCCUAUGAAGCAGGCCUGACUCAAGCUACUGACAUCUCCAGAGGAAUGGAAAUGCUGGAAAGAAGGUACCUGAGUUUGCAACGCAGCUUCAGAGGCCAGCGUCCAAACCGUUUUGCCCAGCCAAUUCUGUCCACCAUCCCCUCCUCUCCCUCCACCCCUCUCGACCUCUCCCUCUCUCUCACACGGGCUGAAGCUGAGUCUAUAUCCCAGACCAAUUCUCAGUCACCUCGUUCCCAAUCUGGGACAUCCCACUCUAAGAGGAAGUCUAGUCGCUGGCGUUUCUGGCAGCGUAGCUACAGGUCAGUGUCGCAGUCGAGAUCAGACUCCUCUGCCGAUGACGAUAUCUUGCCAGUUUCACCGGGGUGGGAGGGUUCUCCCCCUCCGUCGGUGACGGAGGCUGGGGAGGUGGUGGAGAGGGAGAGGAGGGAGAGGAGUGGGAGCAGGGAGGGGUCAAUUGGGAGGAGCAGUGGAGGAAGUCGCAGUAGUGAUGCCACUCUGGGUGGAAGUGUGGCUGAGACCAGUGAGGAAGGUGAGGGAGAGAGAGGAACAGAGGACACUCAACAAACAAGAUCAGUGUUGAGUGCGGAGGUGCAGGUGUCUGGUGGUGGAGAGGAUGAGGUGGUGGCUAAUGGAGAGGUGGGGAGAGGGGAAGAGGAAGAAGGCAGGAGAGAGGGAGGAGGAGGCGGAGAUGAAGUCUUUGCUGCAGCAGCCUCGGCUCCUGCUCCAUCUCGACAUGCCUCCAUCAUGAGAGCUAGUGGCAUGUCCAACUCAGACAGAAAUGCAGCCUCUAGAGCAAGACACAAAGUGAGGGCCACUACUGUUAGGUCCCGCCACAGACGAAGGGGCACUGAUCGAGACACAGAUGAUGAGACAAAUGAAGUGCCAGCCCAACGACAUGUGCAGGUUACAUCUCCUACUCCAGAAGAGAGGGAGGAGGAGGAGGUGAAGGAACAGCCUGCCACACCCACCUCAGCCUUGCCUCUCCCAGAGGAACUGCUCUCCUCCCAUGCCUUACGGUUUAUCACCCGCAGAGACCUCUACACCUUCCUCAGCAAGGCUGGGGACGCUGGUGAGAUGUUUCUGGCCAACAGAGGACUUAUGGAACUCGUGCAGAGAAUACGGACCAACAACAACCUAUUUUCGAAGUACCAGCACAGUAGGCAGCUGGUGUCAGCCCUCAAUAGGUUUACUGACAUAAGAGCGGACCUGCCCCAAGACUGGGAGAAGAAACUAAACAGAGAAGGAAAGGUGUUCUACAUUGACCACACUCACUGUUUGACAUCAUUCAUUGACCCUCGUCUCCCACUGCCUGACCAUGAAUUCACGUACACCACUCCCCCCUCGUCUCACCCAUCCCAGCAGCCUGAGCAGCUCCAGUUUGGAGAGGAGGCCCCAAUUAGAGCCCACCACACAACAGUCAUGAGUAGCAGUGCUCCUCCUCCUCCUCCCUCUACCUCCUUACCUCCCUCUGUCUCAGUUACCAGCCCCCAACCUCCUCAGGAGGUGGAGAUGACAUAUGAAAGACAAGUAGUGUCAUUCUUCAGAAACCCGGACAUCUAUCAGAGGAUCUCCCAGAGAUACCACAGAGGAGUCCGCCCUCAACUCAGGUUGUCUUAGUAAUGCUUACUACAUCAGUGUAUGUACUUAGUAGUUAGAAAGGAGUGAGGGAUGUGAAGUCCAUAAGUAUUGUCUGUCUUCCCCACAGAGAGAUAAUUGAAGAUGUACGAGCAAAUGGAACUUCUGCUCUUGAGAGGAUACAGACAUCCGGGAGUGUGGCUGCCUAUGAGUUGGCCCUUGUUCUCAGCCUCUUUGAGGAAGAUAUCAGUGCCAUCAAUACCAUGGUGCAAAUAGUGCCACAACAACCAGUUCGUGAGGAGCGUGCAACUGGUGGCCCGUUGACAGCGUCCACCCUCCAGCGCAAAAAAGAGGCAUUCUCAACCAAGCUGCAAACCUUCAAAGUGAUGAUGGCUCGACUUGGCUUUGCCCAGAGCUCAAGGCUGAAGUUCAACAUCAGGAGAGACCACCUGUUGGAGGACAGCUACGAGCAUGUCAUGAAGAGUGACGUGAGACAUCUGCAGAGGAAGAGACUCAAUAUCUGCUUUAAGGGAGAGGAUGGCCUAGACUAUGGUGGGCCAUCUCGAGAAUUCUUUUUUCUCCUGUCUCGCGAGGUCUUCAAUCCCUACUAUGGCCUCUUUGAGUACUCUGCCAAUGAUACGUACACCGUCCAGAUCAGCUCCACCUCCAUGUUCAUUCAGAACAACCUGGACUGGUUCAGGUUUGCAGGGAGAGUCAUCGGCCUGGUCAUUGUCCAGGGCUUUUUGCUUGAUGUCUUCUUCACCAGGACCAUCUACAAGGCCCUCGCUAACAGAGCUCCAUCUCUAAAGGACCUUGAGAGCCUUGAGCCAGCCUUCUAUAACAGUCUAGUUUGGAUCAGAGAGAAUGACCCCGAGCCACUUGACCUUACCUUCACCGUGGAGGAGGAGGCCUUUGGUGAACUGUCUACCCAUGAGCUCAAGGAAGGAGGGAUGGAUAUUCCUGUCACCGAGGAGAACAAAGAGGAAUACAUCCACUUCAUGCUACGGUGGAGACUGGACAGAGGAAUCACUACUCAGUUGAACAUGCUCAAGAAAGGCUUCUCUGAGGUGAUGCCAGUGAGUCUGCUGCAGGCAUUUGAUGCUAGUGAGCUGGAGUUCCUCACUGCUGGCACCCUAGAGAUUGACAUUGAUGACUGGAAGAAACACACUGAGUAUAGAAAUGGCUACCAUCCAACCCACCCCGUGAUUCUGUUCUUCUGGCAGGCUGUGGAAAUGUUUGACAAUGAACAGAGACUCAGGCUACUCCAGUUUGUGACGGGCACUUCUAGUGUCCCAUUUGAGGGAUUCAAGGCUCUGAGAGGGAGCAACGGACCAAAGAGAUUCACCAUUGACUUCUUCAGUGAUGUCAAUAGCCUGCCGAGGACUCAUACAUGCUUCAAUCGUAUUGAUCUACCCCCCUAUCCAUCCUAUGAUGUACUCUAUCACAAACUUCUAACUGCCAUUGAAGAAGGGAACACUUUUGGAAUUGAAUGAGUGUUUUAUCCACACAAUCAUAAUGUAAAUAUUUCACUGUGUGCUUAUUUUUGCAAAUGACUUAAACUUUGUGCACAUGUGUGUGCUUUUAAUAAUACCCUGUUUCAUUCGUGCAUGAAGUUCAUCAAUAAUAACAUGAAGUUCAAUCAACAUUAAAUUUGGGGAAAGUGCUUGGGGUGUG